UACCGAGGGCCAUGUGGUCGCCGACUAGAAAGCCCGUAGACGGAAGAAGUCUGUAACUGACCAAAAAAGGCGUGAGCGGCCAAAGCCUCGGCACAAUGGAGGCUCCGUAUUCCAUGACAGCGCACUACGAUGAGUUCCAAGAAGUCAAGUACGUAAGCCGGUGUGGCACCGGGGGCGCCCGAGGGACCUCACUGCCUCCAGGCUUCCCGAGGGGCGCGGGCCGCAGCGCUAGCGGGUCCCGCACCGGGCUGCCGCGCUGGAACCGACGCGAGGUGUGCCUGCUGUCGGGGCUGGUGUUCGCCGCUGGCCUCUGCGCCAUCCUGGCGGCCAUGCUGGCGCUCAAGUACCUGGGCCCGGGCGCAGCAGGCGGUGGCGGAGCCUGUCCCGAAGGCUGCCCGGAGCGCAAGGCCUUCGCGCGCGCUGCCCGCUUCCUGUCUGCCAACCUGGACGCCAGCAUCGACCCAUGCCAGGACUUCUACUCGUUCGCGUGUGGGGGCUGGCUGCGGCGUCACGCCAUCCCCGACGACAAGCUAACCUACGGCACGAUCGCGGCCAUCGGCGAGCAGAACGAGGAACGUCUGCGGCGCCUGCUGGCGAGACCUGCGGGAGGCCCCGGCGGCGCUGCGCAGCGCAAGGUGCGUGCCUUCUUCCGCUCGUGCCUCGACAUGCGCGAGAUCGAGAGGCUCGGACCCCGGCCCAUGCUCGAGGUCAUCGAGGACUGUGGCGGCUGGGACCUGGGCGGCACGGCCGAUCUUCCUGGGGCGGCUCGCUGGGACCUCAACCGACUGCUGUACAAGGCACAGGGUGUGUACAGCGCAGCUGCGCUCUUCUCGCUUACUGUCAGCCUGGACGACAGGAACUCCUCGCGCUACGUCAUCCGCAUUGACCAGGAUGGACUCACCCUGCCAGAGAGAACCCUGUACCUAGCUCAAGAUGAGGAGAGUGAGAAGAUCCUGGCGGCGUACAAGGUGUUCAUGGAGCGUCUACUCAGACUAUUGGGGGCCGACUCUGUGGAACAGAAGGCUCAGGAGAUCCUUCAACUGGAGCAGAGGCUGGCCAACAUCUCUGUGUCAGAAUAUGAUGAUCUCCGUCGAGACGUCAGCUCCAUGUACAACAAAGUGACUCUGGGGCAGCUGCAGAAGAUCACUCCCCAUUUGCAGUGGAAGUGGCUGCUGGACCAGAUCUUUCAAGAAGACUUCUCUGAGGAUGAAGAGGUGGUGCUGUUGGCCACAGACUACAUGCAGCAGGUGUCCCAGCUCAUCCGGUCCACACCCCGUAGGAUCCUACACAACUACCUCGUGUGGCGUGUGGUGGUGGUUCUGAGUGAGCACCUCUCCCCACCAUUCCGAGAGGCACUGCACGAGCUGGCCAGAGAGAUGGAGGGCAGCGACAAACCCCAGGAGUUGGCCAGAGUCUGCCUGGGCCAGGCCAACCGCCACUUCGGCAUGGCUCUUGGUGCUCUCUUUGUACAUGAGCACUUUUCGGCUGCCAGUAAAGCCAAGGUACAGCAACUGGUGGAAGAUAUCAAGUACAUCCUGGGACAGCGCCUGGAGGAGCUGGACUGGAUGGAUGCCCAGACCAAGGCAGCUGCUCGGGCCAAGCUCCAGUACAUGAUGGUCAUGGUUGGCUACCCAGACUUCCUGCUGAAACCUGAAGCCGUAGACAAAGAAUAUGAGUUUGAGGUCCAUGAGAAGACCUACUUCAAGAACAUCUUGAACAGCAUCCGAUUCAGUAUCCAGCUGUCCGUCAAGAAGAUUCGACAGGAGGUGGACAAAUCCACGUGGCUGCUCCCUCCGCAGGCACUCAAUGCUUACUAUCUACCCAACAAGAACCAAAUGGUAUUCCCAGCUGGCAUCCUGCAGCCCACUCUGUAUGAUCCUGACUUCCCACAGUCUCUGAACUACGGGGGCAUCGGCACUAUCAUUGGGCAUGAGCUGACCCAUGGCUACGAUGACUGGGGGGGCCAGUACGACCGCUCAGGAAACCUGUUGCACUGGUGGACUGAGGACUCCUACAGCCGCUUUCUGCGCAAGGCCGAGUGCAUUGUUCGCCUCUAUGACAACUUCACCGUCUACAACCAGCGGGUGAAUGGGAAACACACGCUUGGCGAGAACAUCGCAGACAUGGGAGGCCUCAAGCUGGCCUACUAUGCCUAUCAGAAAUGGGUCCGGGAGCAUGGCCCUGAGCACCCGCUGCACCGGCUCAAGUACACGCACAACCAGCUUUUCUUUAUUGCCUUUGCCCAGAACUGGUGCAUCAAGCGACGGUCGCAGUCCAUCUACCUGCAGGUGCUGACGGACAAGCACGCACCUGAGCACUACAGGGUCCUGGGAAGCGUGUCCCAGUUUGAGGAAUUCGGCCGGGCCUUCCACUGUCCCAAGGACUCUCCCAUGAACCCGGUCCACAAAUGCUCUGUGUGGUGAGCCUGGCCAUCUGCCUGCCUACCUGCACGUCCCCACUGCCCUGCACGGAUCACCUCCGCCAGCUGCUGGGGCACCGUGAGACCCAUGCUGCCUCGCUCCGGGUCUAGCUGCCUUCCAACCCUUCUGUCUUCCCACCCCGACCCUGCAGUCCUUCGCUCAAGCAAGGGCCUGGAGUAGGGGUAAGGCUGGGUUCUGGGGGUACUCCAGGGGGAGGUAUGAGCUCCCCACACCUGGUCUUAGGUGGCUGGACCCCCGCUGGGGCUGGACUGUACAGGUCCUACUGAUGUGUUCUUGCUGAUAAGUUUGGUCAAUAAAGCUGCUGUC